GGGCUAGGGCUUAGCUAGGGCGAUGCGAUGCAAGGGGCGAUUAUCGCGCUCCCCACGACGCCGCGCUACAAGGAGAGGAGUGGCGCUGCUGCGCCACAGCGCUGGAGGGACGAUCGAGAUGCUUGUGCGCCCCGGAUGGAUCAGCAUCGGCGGCGCCCGGAUUCCUCCGCGCCGCAUUACAUCAGUCCGGUGCUGCUGCGGCUCAUCGCCUCCAAUGCGCCGAUGGAGCUGGAUGUCUUCAGCGAUCUCGUGCGCAGGAGCAAGGUGCGUGGUCUAUAUGGUUACAGGGUUCGCGAGCGGCAGUGCUUGCGUAAGCCGCAGCGGCCGGCGAAGGAUCCCGUGGAAGAGCUGCUGGAGACGAUCCGGGAAUACAACAAGAUCAGUGAGGAUUUGGAUGGAGGAGCUGAGAAUCCUGGCAAGGAUCAAAAUAGUCUAGACAGACGUAGAGAAAGGGACAAACACGAGAAUGCUACCUGUAGUAGUAGCGAUAGGAUUUCCAGGGAAGGACAGUCGAGCAGGGAUUUCGAGAAAUGCAGAGAAAGAGGAUGGAAUCGUUCUGCCGGGGGAUCGAGGAAUGCAAAGAGGAAUAGUAAGCAGUGGAGUGGAAGGAGUAGUAAAGAAAAUAGCUGUGGUGGAAGGAGCUGUAGCAGGGAGUGCGUUGAGAGGUAUUCCAGAGAAAAGGACUGCUUUGAGAAGCCCCGCAGUAAAAGCAGGCAUCAAGAGAGACCGUUUUCGGCUAGAGAAGGUCGCUGUGCCAAGGAGAGUAGUCUUCUUGCAAAGAGGCCUUGGUCUGCUAGAGAUGAGUCUCCUGCGAGAAAAGCCAGGAGCAAGAGUGAGCUCUAUGAUAUGGACGGUUCCGUCGACGAUGGUAGCAAGUCUUCUUCGCGAGAUGGUCCUGCGUUUGAGUCUCCACCGAAGAGGGGCAAGAGUAAGCAGCAGAGUUGGCAGGGUGCUCCGUGCGACUUUGGCCACUCCUUUCAUGACGAAGAGCUUAUCAAAGCCGGAAGUAAGCACCGUGCCGUUGCUUGUGACCAGGACGAGAAAAACUUGCAUAAGGAAGAUGUUCCUCCGGCCAGGCCCUCGCUACAGGAAAUUCGGUUCAGACCCGCUUCAGCUGGACCAGUUUUGACGUCCGAAAGAGCGAAGCCACUGUGGUUUAGACAAGCCAGUGUGAAGGCUCUACUGGCACUGGAGAGGAACUUAUACACGAAGCUGAAUAUAGCUGACACCAAGGGGCUGAGCAGCAACUUUGACGAAACAGAGCAGGUAUCUUUGCACUUGCGGAGCUCCAAAUCGAGGAUCAAAGACGAAGAGUUCACGUCAGGCUGCUUGAAAUCAACGAGCAGUAAGCAUAGUUUAAGUAGCAGCCAUGCUAGGCCCGUGACUGCACCAGUGGUAGUAAAUACCACUUCUGAGAUUGCUGCAGCAGCUGAGAAGGUCUUUCCGGACAACACUUCGAACGCUCAGAGCAAUCAGCUUCACACUUUUUCACCAAGAAAGAGCGUGGUGGAAAAUGCAACCGAUCUCCAGGGAGUCCAGCAUGCGUGUGUUGAUAGUGCGGUCUGCUCAACGGAUGUAGAUUUUCCUAUAACGAGAAAGUUUGUCGAGGAUAAGAGGUGUUUCACUGCUCCAAGCUCGCUCGACACACCAAGAAAGUCGGGGGGAUCACCGAAGAAACUCCCAGCUGCGAAGGAAGUUGACGAAGAUUUGGCAGCGAGCGACGACGAGGAAGAGAACGAUGUUUUCAAGGACUACGUUCAGAAUGGCAUGCCAGACAACAAUGAAGCUGCUGAGGAUGCACCAAGCACUUGCUCGUCUGACUACGAGGGCGCGGAUAUAGAGGAGGUUUUGCAGGAAAACGCGAAGCCUGUAGAACAGGAAGACAACCGAAACCGUGCUUGCUUCCUCAAGCUCAAGAAGAAAGGUGUCAAUAUCGCGGAGGACGUGACAGACUUGUUCAAGGGGGUUCACGAGUCCCUUCUGGUGUCCUCGAAACUGGCCGAGGUGGUUGAUCUGUGCUCCAAGCGUGGCCAGGAACUGCUUAGAGCCCGGGAAUCUAUGGUCAGUACUGAGAAGGCUCCAGAGAGAAGUCGAUGGCCGUUCAGGCUCCAUCGAACAAGGCAGUCGAGGGCCAACCGACGUGCCUUGCGAGCGGAGUUGAAGUGGUCCAUCUUCUCCAAUGGUGGAAAGCUCAGAGCUUUAAAUCCGAUAUAUGGUGGAAAGAAGUUCAUCCCACAAAGGAUAAGGUUCGUCUCCGGGGGUGACCAUCAUGCUGAGAUUCCUAAGCAAUCGAAACGGCCAGCUACAGCUCCAGCCGACGUGCAAAGAGCGCCGAGCAGGGAAGAUACUGUACACGAUAAACAUCCAAAUGUUUCUUCUAACGGAGUUCGACGCACAGAAGGCAUUGGUCCUUGGACUCCAACUCCAGAAGCAAACAACACACGGUUUCACCAAUUUGAUGCUGCAAAGCACCAGAAGAAGAGACUGCCGCUGGAAACUCAAAAGGAUUUUCAGCAGUUACAGAUUUCGGAAGCCGUGACUGCGUUUAUCUGUGCUGCCAAGCAAAAGUUUUCAUGAUCAAAACAGCGUGGGUUCGCUUUGAAACGAGCUAUUAAACCACGGCCGACACAGAUGCAAGCUCUUCGACAUUGAUUGGCGAC